GCCGCUGUCGCCAUGGGGAGAAAGUCGAGCAAAGCAAAAGAGAAGAAGCAGAAGCGGCUGGAGGAGAGAGCAGCAAUGGAUGCCGUCUGUGCCAAAGUGGAUGCUGCCAACAGGCUUGGAGACCCUCUAGAGGCUUUUCCAGUGUUUAAGAAAUAUGAUCGAAACGGGUUGAAUGUCUCCAUUGAAUGUAAGCGAGUAUCUGGACUGGAGCCAGCCACUGUGGACUGGGCCUUUGACCUGACCAAAACCAACAUGCAGACUAUGUAUGAGCAAAGCGAGUGGGGCUGGAAGGACCGAGAAAAAAGGGAGGAAAUGACGGAUGACCGAGCCUGGUACCUCAUCGCUUGGGAAAACAGUUCUAUCCCUGUUGCCUUUUCUCACUUCCGAUUUGAUGUGGAGUGCGGGGAUGAAGUCCUGUACUGCUAUGAAGUGCAGUUGGAGAGCAAGGUGCGGCGGAAAGGCCUGGGGAAGUUCCUCAUACAGAUCCUGCAGCUUAUGGCCAAUAGCACACAGAUGAAGAAGGUUAUGUUAACAGUAUUUAAGCACAAUCAUGGUGCCUACCAGUUCUUCAGAGAAGCAUUGCAAUUCGAAAUUGACGACUCUUCCCCCAGCAUGUCUGGGUGCUGUGGGGAGGACUGCUCCUAUGAGAUCCUGAGCCGCAGGACCAAGUUUGGGGACAGCCAGCACUCCCACGCGGGCGGGCACUGUGGUGGCUGCUGCCACUGAAGUCAGAGCGACGUGCAAGUCAGAGCACUCUCC